AUGUUUUCGAAAGUGGAAUUCUUAAUAAUUGGCUUCAUUGUCAACUGUGCACAUGGAGCUUUGGAUUGGUGUGAUCCUGUCUUGUGUCCCAAUGGUGUAAAGCAUACCGCAUGCAAUAAUACAGGGGAAUUCCAUGAGAGUUGUGCCGCCGACACUGUAAUGAUCGAUUUGACACCUUAUCGUGAUUUGAUUUUGCACGAACACAAUAAACGUAGAAAUUUCAUAGCCAAUGGUCUAUUGCCAGGCUUUUAUCCUGCCUCCCGCAUGGCCACUAUACAAUGGGAUGAGGAGCUGGAAUUUUUGGCCGACUUAAAUGUUCGCACCUGUGUGGUGGAUCAUGAUGAGUGUAAAAAUAGCUAUCGAUUUCGUAAUGUGGGACAAAAUCUGGUGGGCAUAGCACGUCGCAAGCAAGAACGUCAAAUUAUAAGCGAAAUCAUUAUGAAGGAUCUAUGGCUAUGGUAUGCAGAGCAUAAAAUGAUCAACAGUGACUUUAUAACGAAAUUUAAAGUCAAUAUGAAUUUUGAAAAAUAUGGCCACUUUGCUGAAUUCGUCUUGGACCGCAAUACCCAUGUGGGCUGUGCCAUGAUACGCUAUACACCUCGCGAAUACCCCCAUGCCUAUAUCUACAACAUGGCCUGUAAUUAUGCCAGCAUUUUUGCUUUAGAUGUUCCUGUUUAUUUGGCCGGUCAACCAGGUUCGGCUUGCAAGACUGGCACAAAUACCAAAUAUCCUGCAUUAUGUUCGACCCGGGAAGUUUAUAAUCCGAAUUAUUGA